AUGUACAAGCACUACCAAGACGCUCUAGCUAUUUGUAGAGUUCAUGGGAAUCCCGAGUACUUUAUCACAUUCACAUGCAAUGUUAAAUGGCCGGAAAUAGUAAGGUAUUUAGCUCAGUAUCCUUCGCUUAGAGCGCAAGAUCGUCCGGAUAUUAUUGCUAGGGUCUUUCAAAUUAAAGUGGUCUCACUCAUCAACUUUCUUAAAACAAGGAAACCCUUUGGCCAAGUAGCUGCAGAUUUAUACACGAUUGAAUUUCAAAAAAGGGGACUCCCUCAUUGUCACUUGCUUGUAUGGGUUACUUCUGCAAAUAAGAUAAGGAAACCUGAUCAGCUUGAUAACUAUAUCUCCGCCGAGAUCCCCAAUCGCUUAACUGAGCCGGAAUUGUAUAAAGUUGUUACAGACCUGAUGAUGCAUGGCCCAUGUGGCCUUGCAAAGCCUAAUGCACCCUGCAUGUCAUCAUCCUCUUGCUCAAAGCAUUUCCCAAAAGACUACGAGGAAACAACGAUGUUUGACAAAAACGGGUAUGCACAUUACAGAAGACGGUCAACAGGGCAUUCAAUCGUUAAGAAUGGCAUUAGACUCGAUAAUGCUUACGUUGUGCCCUACAACAAACAUCUAUGCCUUCAUUAUCAGGCACAUAUCAAUGUUGAAUACUGCGGGUGGAACAUGAUGAUCAAAUAUUUGUUCAAGUAUAUAUCAAAGGGCUCUGAUCGCAUUCGGUUCAAAAUUACAAGAACAAUUUCUCCAUCUUCUGAUACAGAGAACGCUCCUACCUCUCAAGUAGAUGAAAUCAAAAACUUUGUAGACAGUCGUUUCAUUUGCCCACAUGAGGCUGCUUGGUGGAUCUUCAAUUUCUUCAUUCAUGUUAGAGACCCCCCACCCCCGGUACAGGUUUUAGCAGUUCACUUGGAAAAUAUGCAAAAUCUUCAAUUUAAGGAUACCCAAACGUUGGAAAACAUAGUAAGGAACCCAGUUGCUAAAAAAACUACGUUGACUGAAUGGCUUCGUAAUAACCAAACUGAACCCGAAGGCCCCCAUCUCACUUAUGUUGAUUACCUUUCAUACUAUAGGUGGGACUCUAAUGGAAAAUUUUGGAUUCGUAGAACAAGAGAAACAACACCCGCCAUUGGCAGGCUAAUAUACAUACAUCCGAGUUGCGGUGAGACUUUCUAUUUACGAAUGUUGUUGUCUCAUCAAAAAGGUUGUCAGUCAUUUGCAGACAUAAGAACAGUUUCUGGCCAAAUAUUUCCCACAUUUCGUGUAGCUUGUGAGAGGCUAGGACUACUUGGUGACAAUAGAGAAUGGUUGUAUACAUUUAUCGAAGCUGCAACCUGGGCUACUUCCUCGGAGUUACGUUCACUUUUCACAUAUUUGCUUCAGUUUUGCGAGAUAUCAAAUCCUAUGGAAAUAUGGGACACACAGUGGCGUAAAAUGGCUGACGACAUUACACAAACCCAUGGCCUGUUGAAUGAAGAGGACAUAAAUCAAUACGUAUUAUACGAAAUUGAGUUGUUGCUACGUUCUGAAGCAAAUCCUUCAUCGUUGAAAAAUUUCAGUUUGCCAUCGCCACAAGAAAAUUUAUUGUCAUCUUUAGCAAAUAAGCUGCUUAUGGAAGAGAAGAAUUAUGAUAGGCUUCGACUUUCCUCCGACCAUGAGUGUUACCGACGACAACUUAAUUCUCAGCAAAAUGCCAUCUAUCAAUUGGUCAUACAAACGUUGACAUCAAACGGACAAGUCUUACUUUUUGUCUAUAGCCAUGGAGGUACGGGUAAAACGUUUUUAUGGAAAACAAUUAUUUCCGCACUCCGGUCUCAAGGCAAAAUUGUCUUAGCUGUUGCCGCAUCUGGCAUCGCUUCAUUGUUGUUGCCAUCUGGGAGGACAGCUCAUUCACGAUUCAAAAUUCCUCUCAAUUUAGCGGACCACUCAAUCUGUCACGUUAAGAAAAAUACUCAUUUAGCCCAGUUGUUAAAAGAAACAUCCCUUAUCAUUUGGGAUGAAGCCCCUAUGAAUGAUCGUAAAUGUUUUGAGUCACCCGACAGAACUCUCAAGGAUAUUCUUAACAAUCCAAAUAAUCUAUUCGGUGGAAAAUCAUUGUUACUUGGUUGGGAUUUUCGGCAAACACUUCCAAUAAAACCUAAAGCUGCAAAAUCAACAAUCUUAGCUUCCUCCCUACCAAGGUCAUAUUUAUGGCCUCAUUUUAAAAUCCACAAAUUAACAGAAAACAUGCGCCUUCAAAGACCUAACCUUCAUCCAUCUUAUAUGGCUGAGGUUGCAUCGUUCUCAUAA